AAAAAAAAUUCUAUCAAAGCGCCCUCUCGCGGGAAUUUUGUCAUAGAAGUACAUCGUGAAUGUGGCGUGUGUUGUUUGGAAUACUGUGAGUCGUAAAUAAAAAUGCUUAUGAUGCAUUACUAAACCUUGUUAUAAGUGAACUUCGUGUGUGUUAGAACAUUAAACAACUAAGAAGCUUUCAGUGAAGCCCAAAAUCUGGCGUUCUAAAGUGAUUUACUUUUGGUAUUUUGUCAUAUGUUGCACGCCUGCCUUGGGAUCUCAAUGAAGACAAAAAAAAAUAAUCAGUAAUUCUGAUGCUAAAUUGAUAAUGUUAAAUAGACACAACCAGUCUUCCGGCACGUUAUUGCGCUUUCUCGUGACAAUGCGGUGCCUUAUGUGCAAAUACAUUUUCUAAAAUGUUCAUGUCAUUGAUUCAUGAUGAUGGUUGUUAGAGCUGAAACUGAAUAAUAUCAGAAUGAGUCACAAUCUGGCUGGAAUGCCGUCCUACAGGCUGCCAGGCCCUGGUCUAGGGCCUCCAGACUUCAAGCCACCAAUGGACACGCCGACUCCUCCGGCGCCAGCACCAAGCAACCCUAAAAAGCGAAGGAAAACUUCAAACGCAAACAAUGCAUUAACACCUCCACAGCCACCUCCUACAGCACAAGAUCUACUACCACCUCCUUUAACUGGAUAUGGAGAUACUAUUGUUGCUUCAAACCCUUUUGAUGACUCCCCAUCCACUGUAUCACAUAAUGGUCCCAUGAUGAGUCAAAAUGGAUCAAUGAUGAGUCAAAAUGGCCCAAUGGGUAUGAUGGGGCCUAUGCACGGUAUGGGUGGUCCACCAAUGAGGCUAAUGAGCCCACAUGGUAUGAACCCUAUGAAUCAGCAAAUGCCUCCUAGAGGCGGUAUCAGUCCAAUGGGCAAUAUGAGUCCUAUGGGACAUAUGGGAGGAAUGUCACCCAUGGGAGGCCCCAAUAUGAGUAUGAGCAACCACAGCAUGGGUCCAGGAAUGGGGCCUACUUCAAGAUCAAUGGGUAGUCCCAUGAGUCCUAUGAAUUCCAUGCCAAUGGGCUCACCAAUGUCAUCUGGACCCAUGGGAAGUCCUAUGAAUAUGGGUUCAAUGGCAGGUAGCCACAUGAGCAAUAGUCCUAUGGGUCCACCUAUGCACAGUCCUCUUGGUGCAGGAUCUAUGAAUGGGCCAAUGAAUGGUCCUAUGGGUGGUGGAGGACCGGGCAUGAAUGUUCCACGCAUGAAUGGACCAAUGGGACCAAGUUGCUCUAAUGGUUCAAUGGGGCCUAGUAAUUCAAUAAUGUCGUCUAAUCCUAUGCAAGGUGGUGGUAUGGGGCCAGGACAUUGUGGACCUAUGAGACAUGGAAGUCCAAUGCCUUCAGGCAUGGGAAGUGGUCCAAUGGGUGGCAAUGGACCUAUGACAUCCAUGGGCCCAGGUCCACCUUACUCUAGCAGUCAUAUGGGACAUGGUGGACCAAUGGGAAUGGGAGGAAAUGGAUCGAUGGGUAUGGGACCUGGGCCAGGUAACAUGGGAAAUUGUGGCCCACUUGCUGGAAUGAGUGGCAUGGCAAUGGGUGGUCCUGGGGGGCAAGGUGUUGGUCCUAUGGGCCAGAACAUGGGUAUGUUUGGACCAAAACCUAUGCCAGUCAGUGCUGGAAAAGUGUACCCUCCAGAUCAACCAAUGGUAUUUAAUCCUCAAAACCCUAAUGCUCCCCCUAUUUAUCCCUGUGGAGUUUGUCACAAAGAAGUACAUGACAAUGAUCAAGCUAUAUUAUGUGAAUCUGGCUGCAACUUUUGGUUUCAUCGGGGCUGCACAGGUCUAACAGAGCCAGCGUUUCAGUUACUGACAGCAGAAGUGUACGCGGAAUGGGUAUGUGACAAGUGCCUGCAUUCAAAGAAUAUACCUCUGGUGAAGUUCAAACCAUAGCGAUGCGCCGUACCCCCCUCACCUCCCCUCCUACCACCUAUUUGAGUUGAAAUCCUCUCCUAACAUCACAAAAUAUUUAUUUCACUUCAUCAAGGAAGAUGGACACUGUAUGUGAGUACAAGUAGGCUUGGGUAUGAAGUUAGUAUGUCUGAUCAUAAGAUAUGGUCUGUUGGUACCCUAGCUAGGGAAGAUCUCAUGUUGGAUAGUUACAUUAAAUUAAGAUAACUAAAAUGUAUUUGAAGACUUACAAUUGAUUUUAAUAUUAUGUUAAAUCAAAAUACAAUAUUGCUAGUAACUCCACAGAAUGGUUGGUGAAUAGGUUAUUGAUGAAAGUGCAGACGGUCCUGUUAUGUCUAGUCUGUUAUGAUUGUCAUUUUAUUUAUUUUAACCUAAAUCUAAGAAAUCGUGGUUAAUAAGCCUUGUAUGGAAUAUAAUAUAACAUGUGUUCCUCAUAACGCAUAUCUGUUGAAGCAAAUAAAUGUUAAAGUAUUGGUAGCACAUAAAUGGAUACAGUACUUCAAAGUAUAAGCAAUAAAAAUGGCUGCCCUGAAAUUUUUGAUGCCUGUUAUUCGUGUUGCUUUAGUCUCUGUGCAUAUUGUAAAUAUAUUAGGUGAAUAAGUUAUAAACAUUCUCCGCCUUAUGAAAAUGGUGACCUAAAUGUAUGGCAUUCAGUUUUGAAUGUAGUGCACAUCUGACCCGUUAUUUGGUCUUUUACAAAGUGUACUAUUGCGUCAAAGUUGAAUCAGUCUAUUGGACUAUACUACAAUUUGUAAGACACCUGAGGCGGUCCUAGUUUCACUAUAUUAAUAAUGAUAAUAAUGUACUUAUUAUUUUGGUGCCCUAGUUUGCAUGUAACAUUACGCGCGUUAUCUUUAUGUACUUGUAAAUAUGAUGAAUCCAUACGCUUUGUUAAGUAUAAGGGUGUUAAUGUGUUUGUCAAUUUUUUAACUUUUGGAGAUUUUUUUAAUAUUAAAUUAACUUGUAAUAUAAGUUAUGUAAAUAUACAAGUAGCGUAAUAGUGAACUGAGAUUAUACACUGGAACUGCUGGCUCCAAACAUACGCGUGGUUGUGACAUUACGUGGUCGCGUAGUUAUAGUAAUCGCGUGCAGCUUUGUUUUAAUUUUAAUGAUAAUCAUUUUGGAGCCAGUAUGUUAACAUUUUUAUUGUGAAUCUGUGUUUCAGUCAUUAUAAUAUUAAUUUAAUAUAUGAUAUAAUUGAAUGGCAUAUAGAAAGCAAUUAUGGGCUCAUCCCCAUACUUAAUUUUUGGGAUUUUUUGGUUGCAGAUCAAGUCUGUAAAUUAAUAUCAAAUGUCAUGUUAACUGAUGUGAUUGGUUGACAAAUUGGAAACAACCAGUGAUAGUCAACUAUUUCGCUAGAUAGAUUAAAUUGAAAUGCCUUUUAAUAUUUGGGGGAAGGUGUGAUAUACUGCAGCAGUUUAUCAUAAAAUAUGAAGAAAGUACAAUUCUACUUUUUUAUUCUUUACCACCCUUAUUAUAAAUUCAUUAUAUUGUACACCUUGUCAACUUGUCAACCAAUGAAAUAAGACAUGCAGAAAGGCAUUGAUUCUGGUAGCUCCAACCAAUUAAAUUACAUUGUAACUGUCUUUACACAAACUGUUCAAGAGUAUAUUAUUAAAGAUUAUCAAAAACUCUUGUUUCAAAUAUCUAGAGCAAUAUAUACAGUUUAAUAGUUAUUGUUUACAGAAAUAUUUAUGUACAUAUAUUAUGUAAAUUAAAGAUAUUUUGAGUGAGUUGGUGCACAACAAAAUCAGUGCCAAUAUCUAUUUUUAUUACAUGAAUGUAAGUAUCGUUGGAUCUUCCAAAUAGAAACACUUUUAGUGACAAAUGAAUAAUUCUUGUGACUUAUAUUUCCUUUCAGUAGCUAAUAUCAACCACUUGUGUAUUAAAGAUGUAUGAAUACUUGUUAAAACGCAAUUGUAUUGCAUUGAUAUACAUCAAAUGACUCUUAUUAAAUGUCACCAUGUACUUAUCGAAAAGAAGAAAUAUUUAGGGAAAUUAAGGGCAGGCUUGCCUUAUAAUAAACUGCGUCUUUAUCACUAUAAUUAAGUAAGUACAUAAAUAUUUGAAAUCCAUAGUUAAAUGGAUAAUUUUAGGAAAUGUAAAAUAUUAUUCAAGUACAAAUUCUUGUACUUUCCGAUUGGCUAAUAAAUUAAUAAUGUCUGUUAGUGUAAUAUUGUACUCCGGCUCCUAAUCGCAUGCAUUAGAAACACAUUUGGCGAUUCUUUUGGGUACUAUACAUACAUGUAAUUUGUUUGUAAAGAAAAUGACUGUAUGCAAUUAAAAGUCGGAGCAUAGUGUUAAAACAAUAACUUGAAACUAUCUUUUAAGUCGUGCGAAGCACGUAAUACUUUCGUGCUGUUUAAUUUUCUAUAAUGACUAAAUAAUUAUCUAUGUAUUAUUUAAUAAUAAUGGUCUGUCGCUAGCUUAUUAUUGGUAAAUUGUUAUGAUGAUUUAUUUUAUCCAGUUCAAUCCUGAUAUUAUGUACCUAAUUAAUUAACGUUAUCAAAACCAGUGCUACAAGUUAUUUAUUUGUUCUCGAUUACCUAUAUAACUUUAAAAAGAUGACAAUACAAGACACCGAAAGAUUAUAAUAAUUAUUGUCCGUAAAACUCUUAUUAGGUAAAAUCCUAGGUAAUGAGUAGUUAUUAGAACUGUAAAAUCAAUAAAUGUUUCUUUUUUAUUUUAAUGAUUUAUAUUAUUAUGUGUUUUAAAUGAAACCUUUUAUAAUUUUAACAGAAUAAAAUUAAUGAUUUUAUCGUGAAUCUUGCCGAGAUUGUAAACAAUUUAUUGUUUUAUUUUUACGACCAUGACAAUGAUUUAAGUACAUAAUUAAUUUGUGAAAGAUUCUCGUUUUUAUCUCAUACUUGGACAGUGAACUUUAUUUAUUUCACGCGCAGGCGUGUAUUUUUGUCGCUAUUUUGUGCUUAAAUAUUAUUACCGUUAAACAAUUGGCAUCCGAGAGAAAUACAUAAUUAUUCAUAGUUGUGUAAAUAUAUUUAAUAUGACUUACGAAUAAUUGCUGAUAAUUGUACAGUUACUUAUAAUUUAGAAACCUAAAUAGGAUAUUCGGCCAUGAAUGUAAUAAUAAUUUUAAUGCGGUGAGCACAUCACAAUUAGUUGACGAAGGACUGCUGCUAUUGUAUAUUAAUUUCACUUGUAAAUGUUACUUACGUCUUACACUACAUGCAACGCAAUGUUGUGAAUGUCAAAGUUGUAAUUCAGAAUAUUUUAUGAAGUCUAAAAUAGAAUAUCAGUGGUCUUAAACUUGUGCAUAGUUUAUUUUGUAUUAUGUGAAUAAUAACAAGCAAUAAUAAAUUGUUAUUGAAGUA